AUGGAUAUUUUUGGCAUCCGUCAUCACUCAUCAUCUACAACCGCACGUUUAGAACUUGUGAAUAUUUUUGGCAGCUUUGCUAAAUACAAGAUGUUUAUUGUAGGGGAUCAUGAAGAAGAAAAAAUUCCAGGACUUGAGCUUAAUUUUUAUAGGAACAGUUGUCCAAAUGCAGAACAAUUUGUGAAAGAUGAAGUGAGUAGGAGUACGCUGAUAGAUCCUACUACAGCUGCAGCCCUUCUAAGACUUGCUUUCCAUGACUGCCAAGUAGAUGGUUGUGAUGCUUCAGUACUUUUAAGUUUUUCAAAUGGUUUGAUGACUGAAACAGAAUCAGAAAUGAACUUUGGAUUGCGCAAACUCCACAUAAUCAAUGGAAUAAAGAGUUCUUUGGAGAGAAUUUGUCCUCAAACAGUUUCUUGUUCUGAUAUUAUUCAGUUAGCAGCACGUGAUGCUGUACAUCUGUCAGGAGGACCCUUUAUAGAUGUUUUUACUGGACGAAAAGACGGUACAUUGGCAAGCAAGGAGAGAGCUGACAAAGAGCUUCCACCUGCAGACAUUUCUGUAGAUAAAUUCAUUGAAAUUUUCCAGGAGAAGAACAUCACUCUCCAAGAAGGAGUAGCCCUUAUUGGUAAACAAUCUGCUUUCUCUGCUUCAUUUUAUACGACACUUCUUUCUUUUUAUCCUGUUUCGGAAAAAUUUACACAUUUCUAUAUUGGGCAUAAAAACGUCACAACCGAAAUUUUAGUUAUAUGGAGCAAUUCUGAUGCAGGGGCACACACUCUAGGCAUAGGACAUUGUCGGAACUUUGAGAGGAGGUUGCAGCCUCCAGGGGAUCCUACAUUGUCAGCCGGAUUCAAACUUACUUUACUUAUGAUUUGCAGCAAUCCUUUUUUGUCUAAUAUCACUUUCGAAACAAAUGAUUUAACUACUUUUGCGUUUGAUAAUCGCUAUUUCACUGAUAUCCUUAAUGGAAGAGGACUACUCAAGAUUGAUUCUGAUAUUUCGAGAGAUCAAAGAACAAAGCCUCAUGUCCUCAGAUUUGCAAGCGAUCAAAAGCAGUUUUUUAGAAGCUUUACAUCAGGAUUCUUAAAACUCUCGAACCAUAAAGUUUUAUUGGGAAAACAAGGAGAAAUUCGUAAGGACUGCAGGGUUUGGUCAACUGAACUGCUGGUUGAUGCAAGUCCAAUGACAGAACCACCUUAG